UUCCGAUAAUCUUACACUUUCUGUCCCAGAAAAACAAACAUGAGUUCGCGUUCGCAGUCCACGGUCAAGAUGCUAAUCGUUUUUGUUCUGAGCACGUCUUUUGAUUCAUCAGUAAGUAAGCCGAGAUCACUAAAUGUGACACAUGACAGACAAGCGAUUGCCGGAACGAGCAUGGAAACACGGAAUGUUGAAAAGACAAAACAAGAAAUAGGCCUGGUUGGAAUUCCUCUGAGCUGUGGCCAGGAAAAACUCGGUGUCGAGGAAGGCCCGUCGUUUCUUCGAGCUGCAGGGCUUGUGUCGCGCUUAGAAGAUCUGGGUCACACGGUUCGAGACUAUGGCGACGUCAAAGUUGAAGGCAAUACCAACGUCACUUCAGCAAAUGCCAUGAAAAGUGAUUGUGUUGGACAGACUAGCAAAAAUGCAAAGGAUGCCGUCGCCGAAGUCCUAAGCUCAGGCUUGAUAAGUGUAAACCUUGGUGGUGACCACACUAUGCCCAUUGGAACUGUUAGUGCUCAUGCGGUAGCCAUGAAUUCUGACAUCUCUCUUCUCUGGGUUGACGCCCAUAGCGACAUUAAUACACCUCUUUCUACCACAAGUGGGCACAUACAUGGAAUGCCUGUUGCAUUUCUCCUUCACGAAAUGGAGCCGUUUCUGACAAAGCCGGAAGGUAUGGAAUGGAUUCAACCCUGUGUUCACAAGGACAAUUUUGCGUACAUUGCCUUGAGAGCUAUCGACCCUUACGAAAGAUAUUUCAUGGAUAAGCUCAGAAUUACACUUUACAGUAUGGAUGACGUCGACCGCAUUGGCAUCACCGAAGUUAUACGACUCGCUCUCAGACAAAUCAACCCGAGAGGCACCAGGUCACUACACGUCAGUUUCGACAUAGACUCAAUCGACAUGCUGAUUGUUCCAAGCACUGGAACUCCCGUAAUAGGCGGGCUUUCUAUGCGCGAGGCGCUGGUAAUAGCCGAAGAGGUGCACAGAUCCGGUCAACUCCGAGUUUUGGAUCUAGCUGAAGUUAACCCUAGGCUGGGGUCCGCCGAAGACGCCAACCGGACCGUAAACUGCGGCGUGGACCUCAUAUCGACUUUCUUCGGACGCGAACGAAGAGGAGACCUGCCUCUUAACCUGGACCCCACGAUUAUUGAAGAGAUGAAGGAGAGAGAUAUCAACGUGUAAUAAUUUUAUGCAGUUUAUUCAGGAGUUUGAUAUUAUUACCAAUAAGCAUUAGAUUUAUUAUGCAUUAUUACAAAUAAACGUUACAAUGCCAAGAAAGGUCUAAACUCGUUGUUAAUACCGGGAGUUCGUGGCUACCCCUUAAAGGUGAACUUUUUUCUUUGUUUCUAUUGUUGCAUUUCAGACUUCCAGUAAUAAAAUUUCAGAUUUGUUGUUU